AUGCUGUUCCGCGGUCCGCAUUUACCUAUAACAGGGACCCUACGAUAAAAAUACGGUUUAAAACAAUAAAUUAAUGUCAUGCAAAAAGUGCGUGAAGGAGGCAAUAAAUCUCUAUCCGUGAAUUACAUGACUAUUUCGUCAAUAUAAUACGUGUAAUGCGGAUACGGUCGUUCACUGCAAAUCGCUGUCGAUUCGUAGCGAUGAAGAACUCACAGAAAACUGCGUGUUUCAUUCUAGUGAUCGUUUGGAUAUUAAUCUUCUGUAAAAUUGGACUUAAUAAAACUUCAUCUAGAAACUUUGUUUCUCAAGUGGUGAUUACCACCACAGAUCGCCCACAAACGACGCCCAAGACAUCGAGCGAUGCUCAAAUAAUUCUGGUGGUGGCCUAUAUGCGGACAGGCUCGACGCUGCUGGGUGAAAUAUUACACCAGAUCCCAGGUUCCUUCUACCUGUUCGAGCCACUUCGUACCCUGGAGAACACUCGCGCCGAUGCUAUUGAAGCAAACCGGACGUCUUUCACGCUGGAAUACUUGUUUAAAAAGCCUCAGCAGUUUAAAAUAUCAUCGUACGACGGAGUUAUUCACAGUGUGAUGAAGUCCCUAUUAACUUGCUCCCUGGACGAGUUGCCAAGUGAUAUUCUUACGGACCGCCAUCAUUCUGUGUUUAUCGACUCACUGAAUUAUUUCGAAGACUGCAGCUCAAAACACAUAGCAGAUCUCAAAAGCAUGCACACGAUUCUGAACCAAACGCAGACGACGAACAGUACCAAUACCAUCACCAAACUACGAUUGAACGACAAUUUAAGGAAAUGCCUGCUGCCUUACACAGCAAGCUGUAGAAAUUCUUCUGCAGUUGUGAUGAAAUUCAUUCGCCUAAGAAUGAGGCAUGCUAUUCGUUUACUUUCAGAUUUUCCCAAAUUGAAAAUCGUCCAUCUGGUCAGGGACCCCAGAGGGAUAAUAGAUUCACAGAUGAGAACGGGCUUCUUGAAAAGCGGAACAGCUAUUGCAGAAGAAUGUCAUGCUAUAGCAAGCGAUCUGGUGUUCACUAAAUAUUUGAUGGAAAAUAAGCCAAGUGCAAUCAAAUUAAUCCAAUACGAAGACUUCGCAGAAGAACCGUUGAAAAUGUUAAAGGAGCUCAGACAGUUUACGGGUCUAAAUUUUGGGGCUGAUAUUGAACAAUUUAUUUUCAAUAAAACGUCAGCAGCGAAAGACAACGGUGAAUACACAACGGGUAGAAAAAAUUCCACUGAAACAGCUUACAAGUGGAGAACUCAUUUAGAUUUUCAGUUAGCCGUGGACAUAGAAAAGGCGUGUGCCGUGUCAAACAGUGUUCUAGGGUAUCUUCCAUUUCACAGUAAAGAGAGCCUUAAAAACAUCUUGGUUUCGCCACGAAGGCGUACCAAUGUAACGCAUUCACUGAUCACAAACAUUAAUUUCUAGAAUUGUCCACCAUUACUCACCGCCAACGGAAGGUCAUGCAUUAUUGCAAACGUAAACAAACAUGCCAUCAGCGGUGUUUUUAUUAUCGACAACUAUUAAUGUGGACAAUUUACAGCACAUGGCUUAUACAUACCUUGAAUACCCGGCAGCUUGCUCACAUUCUUUAACAGUGCAGUAUAAGCAUUUGUCAAUAGGUUAAAACAAUACACAUAUGUGACGAAAGGUUUGAAUAAUAAAUUGAAUUCAAGUU